UAGCCUAGCUAUCUAUAUACAUCCCCCCACCUCGCGCCUCCUCUCCUUCUCUCUCCUCCCUCUGUGGGCGUUCACCGUUCAGUGUCUAUCGCAGGACAAUAAUACUGAUCGGUGGCCAUGGGUCUUUAAGCCACCGGGCCCGCGGGCGCCAUUGAUGAGAGCACCAUUUGCGUCGGUGGCGGCCGGGCGUGAUGUCCGUUGUGACGGCGGCGGCGACGGCGGCGGCCGUGGGGCCAGGCGCCACGGCGGCGUACGGCGGGCAGCUGUGCGGCGGCGGGGCGAGGAAGAGGAAGGACGUUGUCCAGGACCAGGAGGCGGAGGAGGAGGGGCGGGGUGACGACGGCGCGGCGCGGCAACGGCGCCAGUCUCAGUUCCACGGGCUGUUCGUGCUGGAGACGGUGAAGGAGGAUGGCGAUGAGGAGGAGAGGUCAUCCAUUGGUGCUGUGUCUGACGACGACGACGACGACGACGACGACGACGACGACGAGGUGGACAGCGGAGGGAAGCCGGCGAGGAGGAAGGACGCGGCCGGCGCGCUCGCGUGCAUGGACGCCCUCGACGACGCGCUCCCCAUAAAGAGGGGGCUGUCCAACUUCUUCUCCGGCAAGUCCCGGUCGUUCGCGAACCUGCAGGACGCGGCGGCCGCGGUCACCAGCGCCAGGGACCUGGCCAAGCCAGAGAACCCCUUCAACAAGCGCCGGCGUGUCCUCCGGUGCUGCUCCAUCCGGAGGGUCACCUCCACCUCGCUCACCGCGCUGCCGCCAUUCUUGCCACCCACCGGUAACGACGUCAACGGCGACACAGACGGCUGAAGAUCAACGGAUUGAUGGAAAUCAAGGAGGACACGGUGGAUGGAUGGAUCCUUUUGUAAUAGCAUGGGAUCUCAUCUCAUCAACCAUGCAACCUUUUGAUAUAUACCUAAUGCUAGGCGUAAAUUUCUUUCUUCCUUUAGGUACCAGCAAUCAAACACUACUAGCUCUUUGCAUUGCAUUGACCUCCGAGAGAGAGAGAGAGAGAGAGAGAGAGAGAGAGAGAGAGAGCACCAAACAUGGAGCAGAGAGUUGUGGUCAUGUGUCAUUCCCUAGCUAGCGCUUGUUGUAAUGAUCUCACUGGAGAGAGCUACCGAACUAAGCUAACCUCUUUUUGCACAAGGCCUGCAAAUCAGCUAAGCAAGUCUCCUUCAAUCCUAAUCUGUUCUUGAUC